UUGGCAAUUUGUUUGGGAUUGCUACCUCAACAGCGUGUAAAACCUUCAAUGAAGUUAUUCGAGUUAUCGUUCUGAUCUUUUUUGAUGAGUAUGUGACCCUACCAUCAACUGAGGAAGAAUGGAAAAAUGAGUUGAAGGCUUUUCUCAAGGAUUGGGGUUUUCCCUGCGUGGCUGCUUGGGACGGAUUUCAUGUGUAUAUAUGCAGUAAUCUUAAGAAUUUCUACAGUUUCAAGAAACAAUACUCAGUAACAAAUAUGGGAUUGAUUUCAGCUAACAAAAGGUUUCUUUGGGCAGGUGUGGGAGCCCCAGGUUCUAUGCACGACUCCACGCUUUUGAAACCUUCUCUGAUUUUAAACGAAAUUGAAUCUGGGCAUGUACUACCUAAUUGUGAGAUGAAUUUACCAGGUUGCGGAAAUAUUCCACUUGGAACGGUAGGAGACAGUGCUUUUCCAGCACGCUCAUGGUUGAUGAAAGCUUUUGAUGAUACCACAAAAGACCGAAAUUUUAACAAACAUUUAAGAGCUGCAAGAGUAGUUUCAGAGCAUGCCUAUGGCAUGUUAAAAGGGAGAUGGCGCAUUAUAUAUAAGAAAACUGAAUGUCGCAGAAGGAAUGUAACUGCAAUAAUCAUGGCAUGUAUCACAUUACAUAAUAUCUGUAUUAAAAGGGCAGACCCUUGUCUUCCUCGCUGGCAGCUGGAGAUUCAAAAGUUGGAACUAAUACGCAAACCUACAAAGCGAUCUGAAGAUAAAGCUGUGAGUAAUAAAGUGCGUGACAUAAUCAAAGAAUAG